ACACACUGAAGGCAGCGUGAUGCAUCGGAGAAUCGAACCCGCGACAAAAUGAACACGAAGAAGCCUCAGAAACAAAAAACUGAGACUGUGAAGAAGAAAUCUGUGAAUAAACUGAGUGAACAAUCAGUGAUGAGUUGUCUAUGAGUGUAACGAUGGUGGUGAUGAGUGACACUAAUGAUCGCGGUAGCGGUGAAGAAAAAACGAAACGAGCGAGAUAAAGAUCGCCACAUAUGGAUCGCGUAAACGGCACCCACAUCGGGCCGUCGAACGCGACCGGCGACUAUGGCGCGUACAACGCGACCGAGGCGGGCGAGUGGACCGACAGCGUGGUGUUCAAGCUGCGCACCUGCGUGCUGCUGCUCAUCGUCAUCAUGGCGGUGCUCGGCAACAUGCUGGUCAUCGUCAGUGUCAUGAGGCACAGAAAACUCCGGGUCAUAACCAACUACUUCGUCGUCUCCCUCGCGUUCGCUGACAUCCUAGUCGCAAUGGUGGUCAUGCCAUUCAACUUCAGUGUCCAGUUCAACCAGCGCUGGGUCUUCGGCGAAACCAUCUGCGACCUAUGGAACUCUUCGGACGUGUACUUCACUUCGACGUCCAUACUCCAUCUGUGCUGCAUAUCGGUGGACAGAUAUUACGCAAUCGUGAAACCGCUGAAGUACCCGAUUAAGAUGACGAAAAAGAUGGCUUUCGUCAUGUUGGCAGCGACAUGGUUGAGCCCCAUCACGAUAUCAUACGUACCUAUCUUCAUGGGUUGGUACACCACGACAGACUUCCUCGAGCACCGAGUGAGCGAUCAGUGCGAAUUCAAAGUGAAUAAGCCAUACGCCGUCAUAUCCAGCUCAAUAUCGUUUUGGAUACCUUGCACUAUCAUGAUAUUUACAUAUUUAGCUAUAUUUAAAGAAGCUAAUAGACAAGAAAAGGCGUUACAUGCGAGAGCAGGCAAUGCUAUGCUCAUGCAUAGGCAUUCGCGAGAGGUGGGCGACAAAAAUGGCGCCCUCCACAUUAAUGCCACUACCCCAACGAAGGAUAGAAAUAUACUGAAGAUGAAGAGAGAGCACAAAGCUGCCAGGACUUUGGGCAUCAUCAUGGGUGCCUUCAUCUUGUGCUGGCUGCCUUUCUUCUUAUACUACGUGUCGACGUCUUUAUGUGACUCGUGUAGCGUCCCAGACGUUGUGACUGUUAUCAUGUUCUGGACUGGUUACUUUAACUCAGCGUUGAACCCGAUUAUAUACGCGUAUUUCAACAGAGACUUCCGUAACGCGUUCAAGAACACCUUAGCCUGUGCUUUCUGUAGCUUCUGCAGGCGUAACGCUUCCGACCUGGACGCUAUGGAGCGGUUAGAUAGAAGAGGAUCAGCGCAAUUAAGAGUGCCGGUUCCUUCUAGAAGAGCGUCGGAUUUGGCAUCCCUCUGAUCGUAUUUUACUACAGCGGUUUGAGGCCUACUUGAAUCUCAACGAAGCAGUGUACUUACUUAGUAGUUUGGUGUGAUGUGCUGUGAAGUUGUCAAUAAAAUAGUAUGAUUGACGUCAAAGGAUAUUUGGAACAUUGCCAUAUACGGAACUAGUUUUAAGUCAGUUUGAAUGUUAGACAUUUUGUACAGAGUGGAUUUUAUCUACAAAUAUAUGGAAAUAUAAAAGUUUUGAUAAAUAAUUAACUAAUAUUAUCUGAGUGAAUGUAGUUUGUGAAACUAUCUAAAGCUGGUCUUCAAAUGCUUCAUAUAUUUGUCAACGAAAAGAAAAAUCAUUGUAUCGUGUAACUGAAACUAUUUUCAUCUUUAUUAUAUCUCAAUUGUAUGGAAUUUUAUUGACUAGCUUCGUUAGUACUAUCUGUAUAUAUAUAUUUACCAAAGAAGUGAAACGUAUCAUCACUUUGAUUCCUUGUAACCAAAUAUUGUAUAGU